AUGGGGGUGGCUGGAAUGUCUGCAGGAGAAAUGAGGCAAUCUGCAGAUGUGUCCUUUCCCAUGGACUCCAUCACUCUCGUAUUUUUAGGGGGGGGGAAAUUGAUCACACACUGUAGGACAACAAGGAGAACUGCCUCCAGGCCAUCCCCGACUCAGUGCCAUCCAUCCCGGAUUGCGCGCCAUUUCUUCCUCUGCGCUAACCCCGCCUCCGCGCCAUCCCAGCCUCUGCGCCAACACAGCCUUCCCGCCAUCCCCGACUCUGCACCAUCCCCGCCUUCGCGACGUCUCCACCUCCGCGCCAUCCCCGCCUCCGCGCCAACACAGCCUUCCCGCCAUCCCGGACUCCGCACCAUCCCCGCCUUCGCGACGUCUCCGCCUCCGCGCCAUCCCCGCCUCCGCACGCUCCCUGCCUUCCCGCCAUCCCAGCCUCUGCGCCAACACAGCCUUCCCGCCAUCCCCGACUCUGCACCAUCCCCGCCUUCGCGACGUCUCCACCUCCGCGCCAUCCCCGCCUCCGCACACUCCCUGCCUUCCCGCCAUCCCAGCCUCCGCGCCAACACAGCCUUCCCGCCAUCCCCGACUCCGCACCAUCCCCGCCUUCGCGACGUCUCCGCCCCCUCACCAUCCCCGCCUCCGCACGCUCCCUGCCUUCCUGCCAUCCCAGCCUCUGCGCCAACACAGCCUUCCCGCCAUCCCCGACUCCGCACCAUCCCCGCCUUCGCGACGUCUCCGCCCCCUCGCCAUCCCCGCCUCCGCACGCUCCCUGCCUUCCCGCCAUCCCAGCCUCUGCGCCAACACAGCCUUCCCGCCAUCCCCGACUCCGCACCAUCCCCGCCUUCGCGACGUCUCCACCUCCGCGCCAUCCCCGCCUCCGCACACUCCCUGCCUUCCCGCCAUCCCAGCCUCUGCGCCAACACAGCCUUCCCGCCAUCCCCGACUCCGCACCAUCCCCGCCUUCGCGACGUCUCCGCCUCCGCGCCAUCCCCGCCCCCUCGCCAUCCCCGCCUCCGCACACUCCCUGCCUUCCCGCCAUCCCAGCCUCUGCGCCAACACAGCCUUCCCGCCAUCCCGGACUCCGCACCAUCCCCGCCUUCGCGACGUCUCCGCCUCCGCGCCAUCCCCGCCCCCUCGUCAUCCCCGCCUCCGCACACUCCCUGCCUUCCCGCCAUCCCAGCCUCUGCGCCAACACAGCCUUCCCGCCAUCCCCGACUCUGCACCAUCCCCGCCUUCGCGACGUCUCCGCCUCCGCGCCAUCCCCGCCCCCUCGUCAUCCCCGCCUCCGCACGCUCCCUGCCUUCCCGCCAUCCCAGCCUCUGCGUCAACACAGCCUUCCCGCCAUCCCCGACUCCCGCACCAUCCCCGCCUUCGCGACGUCUCCGCCUCCGCGCCAUCCCCGCCCCCUCGUCAUCCCCGCCUCCGCACGCUCCCUGCCUUCCCGCCAUCCCAGCCUCUGAGCCAACACAGCCUUCCCGCCAUCCCCGACUCCCGCACUAUCCCUGGCUUCCCACCAUCCCGGACUCCGCGCCAACCCUGAUUCCGCGCGAUCGCGGACUCCGCGCCAUUCCCACCUCCCCGUCAUCCCGCUAUCCCCGACUCCGUGCCAUCCCUGCCUUCCCGCCAUCCACGACUCCGCGCCAUCCCUGCCUUCCCGCCAUCCACGACUCCGCGCCAUCCCUGCCUUCCCGCCAUCCGGGUCUCUGCGCCAACCCUGUUUUCCCUGCAUCCCCGACUCCGCGCCAUCCCGGACUUCACGCCAUCCCGGACUCCGCGCCAACCCUGAUUCCGCGAGAUCCCGGACUCCGUGCCAUUCCCACCUCCCUGUCAUCCCGCCAUCCCUGCCUCUGCGGUAUCUCGGCCUCGGCGCCAUCCGGUCUUCCCCUCCAUCCCCGCCUCUGCGCCAUUUCCGAUUCCGCGCCAUCCACGCCUGCUCAACGUGGUGAAAUGCAAAAAGGACUGGACUCAGGAGACAAGACCCCAGGAUUGCCCUCCCAAAGAGCUCUCGGAGGUGAAAGCCUCGGGCUUGAGCCUGUUCCUCCACAAUCCACUUCAGAUGGGGGCCAAGCCCAAGCCCAAGCCGAAGUGGAGGGACGCUGUGGCGCGCCAGGCUGGCAAGCUGAAGUUCCCGAGUUCGAUCCUCGGAGGGAGGGUGUGAUAUGCUGGGAGACUAAAGAGUCCCUCGACUGCGGCUUGGGCUUAGUCCCCAUCUGCAGUGGAUUUCGCCUCCGCCCUAAAUAA